GCCAGCCUUCCUUCCUUCCUUCCUUCCUUCCCUCCUCUCCCUUGUGCCUGUUUUCAAAUCGCAGUCCAACAUUCCGUGUUUUUAACACCUUCUCAUCAUCUGUUUCAAUCUCAACUGGAGAAAAAUUCAAGCAUCCCCUUCAUUCACCGUAUCUUCGCUACAAUUGGACCAUCACCCAACCCUAGCCUAAGGGGAAGUGGGGAACUCUCAUCAUCAUCGUCAUCAUCAUCAUCAUCAUCCUCUCUUCUUUUCUCCGGUACAAUCCUUCACUCUCCAUCUGAAUUCUUCUUUUCCAGGCCCUCCUCCUUGAAGGAUUCCUCCUUUUCCCUUCCGAUCUGCUCCCCGGCUUAUCUCGAUCUGUUGCCACUCUUCUAUACUAUAUUUAUCCCCUCUUCCUCACUACCUGGAAUUCAUCUCCGGGGGACGUGAACUUUCCAGGCGGUCAAAUUAGUCCCCAACUGUAGGUUUGCCCAGUGCGGUACGGCGGCCAACCAUGAAAUCCGCACAAAGAUGAUGACUUGCGAGUUGUAACGCUUCUCUCCAGCGAUUUAUCAGUGGGCGCACCUCAGUCUUUUUUCUUCAAGAUAUUAAUGGCACCUAUAAUAUACAUCAUCAUUGCUUUGCCAUGCACAAUCGGUGCCAUGGCGUUGGCGCUCUUACAUAUAUACAGACACCUCUUGAAUUACACAGAGCCCACGUAUCAGCGCUACAUAGUUCGCAUCAUCUUUAUGAUUCCGGUCUAUGCACUUAUGUCAUUCCUAUCACUUACCUUAGAUGACAACUCAAUCUAUUUUAUCUCAAUUCGAGAAGUCUACGAAGCUUGGGUCAUUUAUAACUUUCUGUCACUCUGCCUAGCAUGGGUGGGAGGCCCAGGUGCUGUUGUAUUAAGUUUAAGUGGUCGGGUUCUGAAGCCUUCGUGGUGGUUAAUGACAUGUUGCUUUCCUGCCAUUCCACUUGAUGGGCGUUUCAUACGAAGAUGCAAACAAGGGUGUUUGCAGUUUGUGAUUCUGAAGCCCAUUUUAGUCGCAAUUACCAUCAUACUCUAUGCAAAAGGGAAAUAUGAAGAUGGAAAUUUCAGUGCAAAUCAAUCCUAUCUUUAUAUCACGAUCAUCUAUACCAUCUCAUACUCAAUGGCACUUUAUGCACUUGCAUUGUUCUAUAUGGCAUGCAGAGAUUUACUUAAGCCAUUCAAUCCAGUGCCGAAGUUUAUAAUUAUUAAAUCUGUGGUAUUUCUUACCUAUUGGCAGGGUGUCUUGGUUUUUCUUGCUGCCAAAUCUGGAUUUAUAAAGAAUGCGGAAGAUGCUGCUGAUUUCCAAAACUUCAUCUUAUGUGUUGAGAUGCUUCUUGCAGCUGUGGGCCAUCUUUAUGCAUUCCCUUACAAAGAGUAUGCAGGUGCCAAGAUUGGUACAUCAAGUGGAUUUACAGGAAGUCUUUCUCACGCCGUGAAGUUUAACGAUUUCUACCAUGAUACUGUCCAUCAGUUUGCCCCAACCUACCAUGACUAUGUGCUCUACAACAACACUGAGGGUGAUGAAGGAGCAAGAAAAUAUCGAUCACGCACAUUUGUACCCACUGGUCAGGAGAUGGAUGCUGUGAGAAGAAACAAGCAUUUGUUUGGGGGCAAGCUUGAAGAAGUGCAGCUAUCCAGUGUGUCCUCAUCGGGCUCCAGUAGUCCUGCAAUAUCAAACUCAGUACAGGACCAGACAGAUCUAGAAGCCAUUAAAUCUUCAUUGCUCAAGGAAGCAUCUGCGACGUCUGCACGGCCAUAUGACCUAUCUUUGUUAAUUGAUAUAGACAUGUCUAAAUACCCCGCUGAGGUUCCUGCAGCUGAUCCUAGCAAGCAAUGAUCCUGAUUUGAACUCAUAUAAUAUAGCAGAACUGAACAUUUACAUGAUGUGUGCUACUGGUGCGUUUGGGAGUUCCCAGAAGUGAGCUUUGUUUUGUUGUGUUGUGUGAAACCUUCACUCGAAGUUAUACAAGCCCUGAUUGUUAUUCCAGCCAGUGUUGUGAGCUCACACUGCAAAUAGAUACAUUGUUGGUCGUGAUUUUAUCAUUUGAUCAAUAGAUGGUCAUGGUCAGAUGAUGAUAGAAAUUUCCUGUACAUUUUAUUUGGUGUUUAAAAGAGUUGUCUUUUUUCAA